UUAAUUGUAAUUAAUGUUUAAAUAUAUUAUUGAUCUUUUAAAUUUACAAAUGUGAACCAAAUAUUAUAUUAGAAUGGAGAGCAAGAAGGAUAUUUACAAUUUGUGGGUGCAAUAUACGACAAAAAACGAUGAAUCCUACUUUCGUGAAUUCAUCGAACGCUUUGUUGCAAUUUGGAAGCGACAAUUGGCAAUUGAUUUCACAAAGGAAUGUCCGCUAUGGCAUGAAGUGCGUCCGGAUAGUGGACCACAUCUGGGACGUUUGCCUGACGAAUUAUUGCCAGCAAUUGGAAAAUUCAUAAUUAUAGCGAGAGACCAAAGUGAAAAUGAUAAUCUCACAGAUGAAGCUAUACGACAGAUUGCUGUACUAAUAGAUUGUCUUAUAAUUAUAUGCCGCCAUUUUGACAAUAUACUAGCAAUUAUUAAAUAUGAAUAUAAAUCGAAUAUGAUAGCGAUACUAACCAAUGUCUUUAAGCAGACUAUAGAUAAACAAAGUGCAUCAAUGGAAACUAUACAUUUAUUCCAAAGCUUUUCCCAAUUUCUAGAAGUUAUGUAUGAUCCAUAUCUUACAUGGCGUAGUUUCUUACGUGGGGUAUUCGCUGAUUAUCAAAAACUCUCCUAUAAACCACAUACAGUACACGUUGAAAUAGUACCUUUUAUAUAUGAUUGCUUUCAAAAUGGAGAUAUAACAAAGAUUCCAGAAAUUGGUGAAACAUUAGUAAAUACACUGGGUGCCGUAAUCUGUGGAUCACAGAAAACAAUAACAACUAUAAAUACUAAAACUGAGUUAAACACUGGUGAAGGCAAUGAAAUCUGUGAUAACUUGCGUAAUGGUAUGCGCGCCAUAUGCCCAGCAACUGUGUCAGUUAUAAUGAAUAUCCUAACAAAAUGGGAGAACUCAAGUGAUUUACGUAAGAUAUCUUUGAAAUGUUUAGCACUUAUGGUUAUUGUUUUGCAAAAGUCUAGUCCAGAAGAACGCCAAAUAGAUUUAACUACAAUUAUACAACUUUACUGUGAUGCCCUACUUAAACUUUUAACUACAGAACACUUUAUUAGAGAAGGCAGCUCUUUCGAAAUUUCCAGUGAAAUGGAAGAGAAUGAUGCGGUGGUCGAUGUUAAUGCUUUAGCAACAACUAUUGCCAACAUACGCGUAUUUUUAUCUGAUUCAGCAACUGCAGCGUAUAUAUGUGAUGCUAUAAAUGAUACUAAUUUAUUGGACAUAUUAAUCAGUGUGCCCAAAAAUAUUAAGGAUUGGAAUAUAAACUAUUCUGCCACAAUUUGUAGUACAAUUGAAACACUUGCGGUAAUAACACGUAAUUCCUUAUGCGUUGGCGAACAAUUACGUGCAUCUGGGAAAGUUGAUAAAAUGUUUAAAAGUCUAAAAAUAUUAGGUGUGCCAAACGAAAUACUUCUAGAGGCAUGCUUCCAUCUUGCAUACGAUGACGCUACUAAAUUACUUGUGCUACCUGAAGUAAUAAUUCAAUUAAUUGAAUGGAUGCCAGAAAUUCAUGAACGUGAGCAGACCUUUUUGAGCGGUUUAAUAUUGAAAGGGUGCACAGACAACUACGCAACAAAAACUAUUGCUUGCGAAAAUCGUACUAUUAAAGCUAUUUGUGAAUGCCUACAAAACUACAAACAACUCUCAGAUGCUUCCAUACAAAAUUUUAUUAAAUUAAUUGAAGAACUCUGCAAAUUAAGUAUUUUACCCAUUGAACUAAAGCGAAUAUUUAGUUUAUUACGACAAGAAAGUGAAUUUCCACAUUCCAAACAAUUAUUACAGACUCUAGUCACGAUAUCAUUACAAAGUUUAACAAGCUCUAAUUUAUGUUCGCAAUAUUUCUCGAUUAAAAAUCCAAACGAUGGCAUUAUUGUGCCUGAUAUAAGAAACUGGACUAUGUCUGGUGCAUAUGGUUUUAUAUUCCAUAUAUUAGUUAAAUUAAAUGAGAAGCCAAAUAAAGAUAAAACGAAGAAAAAUGAAGUAAGUGAAGACAAUAGCCGACCGAAUUGCAGACGUAUGCUGUUAAAUUUACGUACAGGUACCGGUAAUGGAUUUGAGAUUUUUAUACAAAAUAGUGGCAAUAUUGUAGUUGCUGCUGUGACGAAACGUGAAUAUUUGACUUCAGCCGUAACAACUAAAACAUUACUUGAUGGUCAGUGGCACUAUGUAACCGUUGCUAUAACGCCACCAAAACGACCUUUUUCAUAUAGCCAAAUAAAUGUUUACAUAGACUUUAUGCAAAAAUUGAGUGCUACCCUCAAAGUGCCAGCCAUAAAUGAGCCAUUCGUUUUCUGUUCAAUUGGUUCAGCAGCAAUACCUACACUGCAUCAUGAAACUUCAAGCAAUAUGAUAACAUCAACAUUACCGCGGUCCUCCUCGCAAGAGUCAGGAUCUUCAACUUAUAAAGGCAUGCUUCCAAGUUUACUAGAGCGUACAUUAUCCACAAAUGUUUCUAAUUAUUUUACUUUACCCUUACGAACGCAAACGUCAUUUGAUCCAAAUGUUAAGAAUUUUCCCAUUGGCAUGCAUGAGACAGUAUUUGGUGAGCAAACUUGCUUACGCGGUCAUAUUGGUGCAGUUUUACUUGCUGAGCCUACUACAAGUUUAAAAACUGUAUUCGAUACAGGCACAAAUUUUGCUUCCAUAUUCUCACAGGAUAAUGAUUUACUUGAAUUAACAUCACGUUUUGUUUUCUGUUUCGCACCUGGUGCAUAUUGGCAAGAAACUUGUUUUGAUUUGAUACCUAGUGGCAGAUAUUCCGGCACUAUUCGAGCACAACAUAGUAGAAUAAUAAAAUUACAAGAUACUAUUAAUAGUAUUGGUGGUAUACAAGCUAUACUACCUAUUUUAUAUCGCUUUACCAAAGAGCUGGAUGAUUUUUCAUUUUCUAGUGACGACAACGACAGUGUCUCUACGAACAGUGGUGAACCACUUAAAACACCAACAGCUGAAGAAUUUUCGGAUUGGGAGGUGCUCUCCUCUAAUUCAUAUACAGAAUGGAAAAUGAUACAAUCACCUGUUGCUAGCUUCAUAUGCUUCCUGCGAUAUUUAACACAUGAGCAUGACAAUAAUCAAGAAAAUAUGUUAAACAGUGAGGUUUUGCCUAUUAUAGGCAACAUGUUGAUUAAGUGUCCCUCUCGUUUAUUUGACGUUAAUGCAUUGAUGGCAACGCAUCUUUUCAUAGAAUCAAUACAGGGUCACAAAUCAAGCAAUGGCAAUAAUAAUGCAGCUUUACUUGAAGCACUUUAUACUGAUAUUGCUUUUAAUUUUGGUAUAUGGUCUCGUAUGAAUUUUCAAAUCACUCUUGGCCAUGUGCAAUAUUUAAGUGCUAUGAUUAAAAACGAUCGUAAAUAUUUUAGGAAGAAGUUUGGCAUACAAUUUUUUUUAGAUGUCGUACGCCAAUUCUAUGGUACGCCCGAUAAUAUUACACCAGAGGAUGCCAAAACCAUACGUGCCACACUUUUUGCUGUUGUGCGAUUUUAUCUGCAAAAAGAUUCAAAUAUUAAGGAAAUAACGGCUAUUAUAGCUUUUCUGUCAUCAGUACGACAGGAAUUGGUGAUAAUUGAAUUUCUUGAAAUUUUAACAUUCCAUGCGAAAAGCAAAAGUUGCAAAGAUCAAAUGAUAUUGCUGCUACAUGAGCCAGCUACAGCCAAUUUACUGUAUAACUAUUUUGUUGACAAAAAUUAUAAUACUGAGAUACAAGAAGCUGCUAUAAGAUUUAUAAGUGGUUUACUCACUACAUCCCGUGUGCAUCAAAAAUAUAAACAAAUAUUGCGUCUACAUGAUCAGAGCACUGAUAUAUCCAUGUUUCCUGGGUUUUUCUCGUAUUUAAUUCCAAUGACACUGAGCUCAACCAUACUUUUUCAUAUGGUCGAUGAAAUCCUAAGUGCUGAAACUGAUUUCGCUGGUUUAGUUUUUCUUGUACAUCACAUUAGCUCAUGUGAUUUACCUAUAAAAUUAGAAAUCGCUAAACGUUUGCUGCAAAUAACUUUUGUUAAACACAAUUCUCCACAAGCAAUUGCCAAACAAACCGGGUGGCAAGAAUCUAUAGCAAGACUUUUGAUACGUAAACCUAUUACAAACGUUAAACCAGAUGAAGAAAAACGGAAAAGUUUUGGCAUAAAUUUAGACGUGCUGCUAGAAGAUAAUAAUGAAUUUAAUAAUCAAGCAGAUUUAAUUAGUUUUUGUGAACAACAAAUUGAACUAGAUCAAUUACAACAGGACCAUAGUGAUGGAGGCUUAAUAUUAAAUGAAAUUCAAGCCAGUGUUACAGAAGCUGCCAGCGUAAUUGAAAGUGAAAUUAAAGAAUUGGCAGAAUCUGUAUCGGAUGUAGUUGUAGAAAAUGUGUCGUCAGUAUUUUCCGUUAUACGUCAAACAACCCAUGACAUUCAGGAUACAUUUGAAUCACUGGCCUUAGGCACUUCCAAUGAGUCAGAAACGCACCAUUCACGUCAGCGUACGGAUUCAGUAAGCUCUGAUAGUACAACACAAUCUCCGCAAACAGUAACGAAAAAAGGUGAUUCCAUUGAGACUAAUGCAACAUUUGAUUUCUCUGCUGACGGUGAUGUGGAUAAUGAAGAGCAGCUAGUUUAUUUAGUGUCUAAUGUUUUAUUUACUAUUUUCUGGAAUGGUGUCAGCAAUGAUCACCCACUUUGCUGGAUAGAACGCGGUCAAGUCUUGGGUUGUAUAAAUUUACUUGCAUUAAAUAAUGAAUUAGUAACUUCACAUCUUUCAUUGCGACUACGAAUACUGGAAAUGGCUGUUCAAGCAUCAUUAUUAGAUUUAUCCGAACAUGGUAGUCAGACAUUAAUUAAUCAAGAAAAUGCUUCACAAAUUCUUCGUAUGGUGUAUGACUUAGUUGUAUUGGGUUCAAAUGAAGACGAAUCAAAAAAGUGCUCCACAAAAUUGCUUGAUGGAGUCCUUGCUUUGUUAGAUGCACUUAUGAUAUUCCAACAGGGGUCUUCAGAUGGCUGGUCUGACAUGAUACGCUUGUGUCUAGGUUUAUUACUCAAAUGUUCUUAUCAUCCAAAUCCUGGUGUUGUUGCAAUGGCUACAGCAAAGUUACAUGCUAUAUUACAAAGUCGCACUACUUAUGAUCCACUAGAAUUAGCUUAUUUAUUAUAUAGUAUUAAUCGAGCCUUGGAUAAUGCAAUUGAAGUUGGCAAUCCCGAGGAAUACUCAUUUCUUAUGCCAGUUAUGAAAGCUUUAUUGGAAAAAUGUCGAGAUGUUUUUAAUUUGGAAACAAAUUUACCAGAUUUACCACCAACUUCGUCGGGACCAGUAUUUUUUAAUGAUUUUCAAAUGUAUAGUACAAGCAAAAAAUGGCGCAAUUUUAUAGAAAAAAUUACAAUGUACGCUACUGCACAACUACGUUGA